AUGGAAGAGUAUAGAAAUAAUAGUGAAGAAAGAAAAAAAUCAGAAGAUAUUUAUAAAAAAAAAUCAAGUGAUUCAAAAAGUAAUUUUUUUAUUGAUUAUAAAAACUCUAAGCAUGAGUUUACUUUUUUAAAAGAAAACGAAAAUAAAAAAAGAGAGAUUGAUGAAGAUAAUUUUUAUGUUGAAAAAAAAAUGAAAGAUAAUAAAAUGACUGAUACAAUAAAUAAUAAAGAAAAAAAUGAGUCAUUUAAUGACUUCGAUAAUAUUGAUGUUAGUGAAUACAAAAAUAUUAUAAGUAAUUCAUUUAGUUCAGAUGAAUGUGAUGAUCACUUAGAUGAUAUAAGUCAAGAUGGAGAUCUAUUUGAAAGUUAUAGCAAAAAUAAAUCAAAUAUUUUUCAUGUACAUAGUAAUAAUGCUAAAGAUAUAUUUGAUAUGAAUUCUCAAAAUAUAUAUAUCAAUAAUAAGGAAAAUAGUGAAACACAUAAUUUAAGUAAUGAAAAAAAGAAAAAUAAUCAAUGUGAAAAUAUAAAAAUAUUUGAAAAAGACGAAAAAAUGAAAAUAGAUGAUGUGAAUAAUGAAAAUAAUAAAAUAAACUUAAAUACAUAUAUAUAUGUUAGAUUAAAAACCAACGAUUCCACGAAUAAUAUUUAUAAAUGUAGGAUAGAUAAAAAUAUAACAGUAAAAAAAUUAAAAAAGUGCUUGAAAAAGAUGUUGAAUAAUGAAAACGAGUACAGGAUUAUAUAUAGAGGUAGAUUAUUAAAAGAUAUGGAAAAUUUGUCAAAGUAUAAUAUAAAAUUUAAUGAUAUUAUAUAUGUAAUAAAACUUAAUAAAAAAAAAAAUGGAAAUGAUGUUGCUUUAGAUUCGGGAAUCACAAGUUCACAGUUAAGUACAAUAAAAGAUGAAUAUAAUGAUUUAGGAAAAUUUUCUGAUAAUGAUAACAUAUCUAAAUUAAUUUCUUAUAUGUUUGAUCAUAGUGACUUUAUUAAAUCGAUAAUGGAUUCAAAUAAACAACUUCAAAAGUUAAGAGAAAAAAAUCCGGAUUUAAAUCAUAUGUUAAAUGAUUCACAAGCUUUAAAACAGUCAUUUGAAAUGAUUAAAAAUCCAUCCUUAAUGAAAGAAUUAAUGAGAAAUACUGAUAGAGCAAUAAGUAAUAUUGAAGCUAUACCUGGUGGAUUUAAUACAUUGAGAAGAAUGUAUCAUAAUAUUCAAGAGCCAAUGUAUUCAUCAAGUGAUAGGUCAAAUGAAAAAAAAAUGAAUAAAGUUAAGCAUUAUGAUUUAAACUCUUCUUCACCUCCUACGAGUGAAGCUUUUCCAAAUCCAUGGGCUUCAAAAGAAAAAAUUUCUAAGAAUCAAAAUAACUAUAAUAAUUUGGAAAAAUGCUUUCUUAUGAAUAAUAAUCCUUUUAAUAAUAGUAAUGAUAUGCUUAAAAUUAAUAAUAAAAAUAACGAAUAUAAUUUGAAUAAUAAUAUUUUUAAAAAUAAUAUUAUGGAUAUAUUACAGAAGUAUCAAGAUUCUCCAAAUAAAUCAAAUAAAAUAAUAUACGAUAAAAAGAAUAAUUUAAAGAACAAUAAGGUUGAGAAUAAUAAAAAUAUUCCCAAUAACAAAAAUUAUCAGAAUAAUUUAAACUUAUUUAAUAAUGCACUUUUCAAUAAUAAUCUUAUAAAUAACCUAAUGGAACAAAAUAAGAAAAAUGAAAAUGUAAACACUAAUAAACCUAACGAUUCUAAACAACAAACGACGAAUGCAACAAAUUUAUUAAAUCAAAUAAUAUUAAAUUUAAAUAAAAAUUUGAAUAUAAAUAAUUCAAGAUUUAAUAUGAAUUCAUAUAAUAAUGUAAACAACCUGAAUAUAUUUAAUUCUCCAAAUAAUAAUGCUAAUUCUAUUUUUGCUAACAUUAGUAAUAAUAAAAAUGAUAUUAUUAACGAAAAUGACAAUAAUGGUGAUAAUAAGAAUGAUAAUAAGAUUGAUAAUACUACUUUUACGAAUAAUAAUAAUGAUUCUGGGGAAAAUGUUGCUACAUUAGAUCAAAAAAUUUUAUAUGAUUCAAUGAAUUUUUCAACAGAUGAUAAUAAUAUACAUAAUCAAAAUAUUAUGCCGUUUAUGAAUAAAAUUCACAAUAAAGAUGACAAAAAUAAGGGUAAAAAAAACUUUGGUAAUUAUGAAGAUAUAUUAAAUGAAAAUGUGAAUGUAAAUAAUGUUAAUGAAAGUAUAAAUACUACUAAUGAAAAUUAUAAAAAUGAAAAAUCAGUAAAUGAAAAUAAAUCUGAUUUAAAAACCAAUGAUAUGAAUAAUGAAAACUCAAAAGAUGAAAUUUCUAAGAAUUCUAAUUUAAUUGAAAGUAAGGAUAAUGAAGGCAAUAAAAAUUUAUGUGAUUUAAGUUUAGUUAAUCAAAUGAAUAAUAUUGACCUAAAAGAUAUUGCCGAAACUAUAAAAUUAUUAAGAUAUGGUAAUAAUAACAUGAAUGAACAAAAUAUUUAUAAAUUAUAUUCUGAAGAAUUGAAUUCAUUAAAAUUAAUGGGAUUUACAGACACACAAAAAUGUAUAAAGGCAUUAGUUGAUACAAAAGGAAAUAUAGAAAGGGCUAUUGAUUUAUUAUUAGACGAUAUUAAUACAAAUAAAAAUUAG